AUGGUGGCGAUGGAUCAGUAUGGCUGCGGCCAGCCCGUUCAAUACUCGUUACUGGAGACAAAUGCGGACUGGCACAUGGCGAAGUGUUUGGAUCAUUUCAAGCGAGCUAACGACAGCUGGCGCUUGGUGCGGAUUGUUAUCGUGGACAAGGAUAUGCGAGAGGUGGAGGUCAUCCGACAGAAGCUUCCAGAAGCCCGUGUUCUACUAUGUCACUUUCACGUUAUCAAGUGGCUGCAUGAAACAAUUCGGAAAUCCAGCAAGUACGGGCCUUACGAGGCUGCUGUAUUAAAUCAACUCCGACACACUAUUACCAAUAUGACCUAUGCGCGGUCCGAUGAAGUGUACGAAGAACACCGAGCUGAGUUCAAAAGUUUGUCGAUGAGAGGUGGCAGGCAAGAAUUGUGGGACUAUUUUGAGAAGAACUGGGAUAAUUGCAAAGACACGUGGGUUAUGGCGUACCGGAUGGAGUUGCCUCACUUCAACAAUCACACGAAUAACCGCGUGGAAAGCCUGUUCAGCAAAGUGAAGCAGCAUCUGAAGGGCCAUAUCACUAUGAACGCCAGUUUGGAGGCUCUCUUGUAUCAGCGGCGCAAGAAGGAGGAGUACUACGCCAAGGUGGAAAUGCCUGGAACAUUGCGGGACUUUACGUACUCUGAGGAAAUGAAUAUCGUGCUCGGGAUGACGACGAAAUGGGUGGCAGCCGCAAUCAGGUCCCAGUACGUUGCGGUAGACCCUGUGAUUGUAAGCUCGUACACAGUAGUGGACAAUGGACCGACCGUCACCCUCCGAAACGAAGACCACGAGUGUUUACUGCAGAAGGAGACGUUCAAGUGUGACUGCGAGUUCUCACAGACCAUGCAGCUACCUUGCCGACACGCGAUGAUCUGGAGAAAGUCGAGAGGAGGUCCAUUUGUGGUUCCUUUUGGCGCUAUCGGAUCCAGGUGGUACGGACGGAGCCGCUUAUCAACUCAGGGAUUGUCGAAGGUGGCCAAACCGUUUGUUGCCAAGGUUUUCAAGGGAGAUGAUGCAGCUAUCUCCCGGGAUCGAACUGAAAAAGAGAAAUUUCGUCGUGCUCAGCAAGCUUUCGGACGAAUCAGUGGAGAGCUUGCUCGGUUAGGAGAUGAAGCUUUUGACGCGGCAAUGGACCAAUUCGAGGGGUGGUGGCACAACCUUCGUCAAGGUCAAAUCUCAAUGACGCCUUGCCAUGAGCAGACGGAAAAUCGUGAUAACGACGGCUCUAAUGAUGGUGGCAAUGCUUGCGGUGGGGAAAAUGCUGAGGAUACAAGUAGUGUUGCUCAAGCUAUUAGCGGUGGUGGUGGUUCGCCAUCUUCGGGCGAGUCGGAGGAUCUACCAAUAACUCAGCAAACUGCGGUGUCGACUCGACUAGUGCGCAAACCAGACGUACCUGUCAAGAUCAAACUCAAUAGCAGAAUUGUUCCAGUUGGACGGCCCAGACUCAACAGAAAGGAACAGCGAGCAAAGGCUAAGGCUGAUCUGAAGGAGUACAAUCAAGGCAUGAAACCGCGUGGUUUACUCCGGGAUCGCGACGUGUGUGAGGUGGUUAGUGCUUUGAAAGCGAUUCAGCCGGGUAUCCUCGAAAUGGGAGCGUUUCUGGCGACUUUUCAAGUGCUAGGGAAGGCCACACCGAAACUGUCAACGGCUUGGCGGCAUCGUACAGACAUCGUCGCGGACAAUGUGCGCUACCGACUCCCCGAAGAGACCGUCAACCGCGCAUUUAAGUUGCUGAGCGAGUCGAGAACUGGAAAGAAGGAUGAAAUUCAGCUGGACAGUGAUGGUGAAGGCGUAGGUGACGAAAACGGCUAUGUAUUGGUUGUGGAAAAGGUUGGCACGUAUUCAAGAGAGCAAGUGGAGCAAAUGAAGUGGAUGUGGAAUAUGCAGGAUACCUGUCGCCGAGGAGUGCUUCUUUGUACUUGGCUGAACAACGAAGUGAAGACUCUUGUGGAUGAAAAGGUGGCCGUGAGCGUGGCAUUUGACAACUUUUUGAAAACCUGGCCAUACCUGGUCAUACCUGGAUUUGGAUUUGACAUCACCUACGCGGACUCUGAAACGUACAAGAACAAUGCCACCGUUAUGAUACCUCCGGUCAAGAAGCAGACGUUCGUCUUGAUGCCUAUCAACUUGAGUGGCGUUCACUGGGUGUGUUUGGUGGUGGAUGGAAUCGCUAAAAAGAUCCAGGUUUACGACAGUGCUGGUUCCGCCAUGUACCUCAAGCGCUUGAAGAAUAUUGCGUCUGAGAUCGCAUCUACAUUGCCAGACAUGUAUGAGGAGAUCGUCUUCGACGGACCUCUGCAGAAGGAUGGCGACAGCUGUGGUGUCUUUGCGUGCCUCCAGCUAUGGAAGUCCGUGUCGAGCAAGGCACCGACGGACGUGUCCGAGUCUGGCGUUAUCAAGCUGCAAAAUUUUGCAGGCUAUUCUAAAGGUGAAGCGUCGCUCGUAGUUGAAAAGGUAGAUGCAACGGUAAAUGUUGGAGUGUAA